AUGCCACCCUCCAGACGCGGUGAGAAAGCCCGCAAGUUCUCUCCGAAGAGGUCAUGGACACCCAUGGAGACCGAGAUCGUGCAAAAGUGGGUCAACAACCAGUGGCUCAUGAUGGUGGAGGGGCUGGACGACCUCUAUUGGAUGUACGCCACGGUUGCCCGCGAUGACGUCAACACGCUGGUGGUGACGAACGACCUGAUGCGCGACCACCGAAACUUCUUUCCGGGAACUCGAGAGUUCGUCCGGUGGAAGCGCAGCCACCUCGUGUCCUUCUCCUUCCGCUGGGAGAAAGACGGGCCUCACGCAUGGGUGGAGGGCAUGCAGCCGAAGGAGUCCCGAACCCCUCCGGCGAUCAAUCUUUCUCCCGGAGCUUCGUGGAAGGAGGUGCAGAGAGCGGGCUCAAACUGGCAUCUGCCAGUUCGAGUGAGGCGAAAUUCCAAGAAGCACAACUACGACAAAAAUAGCAACGGCGAUGACGGCAUGCCCAACCAUGCCGAGCCGAUCAAAAGCUGUCUGUGUAUCCCGAUGCCAACGUCGAUGACACGGGCCUCCAAUCCUUCCCCCUCGAGCUCGUCGACGUACUCACGCACGAAGAAGCCAUCGUUGUUGCCGACGGGCGAUGGGGGAAUAGAGCAGAGAGAGGAGGAAGGGGAUCGAUAUCGCCGAACCAUCAACACGGCGUAG